AUGGAAAACGGAGUCUACACCAUGCUCAUCCAUAUGAAUAGCAAUGAAUGUGAAGAUCCUCUUCUUGAACGUAUUCCACCACCCAGUAAACUUUUCUCUUCUCCAUCAUUCAAUCAGCGUUCAGGCGGGAACAUUUCGAGGACAAAUGGAACAAACGCCUGUUCGUCAGAGCUUUCCAAUCUGUCCAACGUGCCAUCUACUGACCAUCUUUCGAUUGAUUCAGAACGUUUCGCAACGGCUUCAUCUCGACAUCCGUUAGAUUGUCCCGCAUCAUCUUCAACGUCUUUUUCUAACGAUAAUCCGGAAACGAAAGAAUCAGAUCGUAAAUCAUCAACAUCAACAACAUCUCAACGUGUUUCCUAUGAUUUGUUUUUACAUAAGUUGAAACAAUCAGUUUAUAGGAGCGUUGAGGAUGUACGUCUGGUUGAACCAAAAUUCAUUUCCAUCAAUGGGUAUAGUGUGCCCUGUCUUAUGCUCAAUGGUGAGCCGUACGUUCCGAUGUCCGCCUGUCUCCGAAGAAUCUUUCCAUUAUAUAAAGAAGAUGAAAUAUUCUUGUUAAUAGAAGAUCUACAUAUAGCUUUAUUGCCAGCUUUAGAAAACGAAGCUAAACUGUUGCAAAAACUAGAUGAUGUUUGUGCACAGGAUGCUAUUCAUAAUAUGUAUCUUAUGUCUCAAUCUGAUAUUGAAAGAAUUUUAGGCCAAGUAAGACUUAGUAGUAGACCGACACCCUAUGAUGACAUAUCAAUUUUACCCGGUGAAGAAAUCUGUGUAUCACAUCAUUCUUAUCCAGAACUCGUGUACGGCACAUUGUUUCCUUCAAGAACAGGCGGAUGCUGCAUUCUAUGUACUGAUUGUCAUAAUUGGUUCAGUCCCGAAGACUUUGUCUGUCAUACGCAUUCGACAGAGAUCGAACCAGGGGUUGUACAUUGGGGAUUGGAUUCUAAUAACUGGCAGUUUCUUCUUCAAGUUGAUGGUCCAGAUCGUCAGGAUGAGGAGAAAACGAAAGCUUUUCAAGACUUCAAAUCUCGAAGACGUUUUGCUCCACUGGAAGAACAAGUUUUAGGAAUAUUCAAGAGGGAAGCAGAAACUCUGAAAGAUGAUCGUAGUUACUUCCUAUCUGGGUAUGAGGGCUAUAAUCAACAAGAAGAACUCGACAUGGAAUUGAUCAAGCAGUGUUCAUCAACUGAACUAGAUGAUGCCUACGCUGAUAUGCCUCCUGUCCCAUCUGAAGAAGAAAGAUUGCUGAAAACGAAUGUCUUAGAUAAGAAGGAAAGAAAAACCUCGACACCAGAAGCUUCGGAUUGGACUAGAUGGCAGGAAAGGGAGCAUUACUAUGAUCGAUCAAUAUCAGCUGAAACACAAUCGGAUGAAGGCGAUUUCGGUUCCCCGGGAAUGAAAGAUGUAGAAGAUCAUGAAGAAAGUGACAAGAAUUCCGAGGAGCAAAUGAGAAUUCAAAUGAUCAACAUGUCUAUCCAACAUCAGGCAGAUGCUCUGACGGAACGGAACAAGGAAACUCUUCUAAAGAACCAAUUGAGGGAUGCCCGUAACCUGUAUGCAGAGUUGUAUGAUAAAGAGCAAUUAUGUGGUUUGAAUCAGCUGGGUAAAAUGUUCAAUGAGAACAGUGAGAUCACGAAAUACCUCCGGAAGCUGAGUUCGAAUCAUCCUGAUCCUAGUAGCGGACAGCUGGCUCAAUUCGUGAAAGAGAACGAAAUUCACAAACAUUCAGAUGAGUUGGCAAAAGCUUGUGAAGAGCGAGAUGAACUCAAAAUGUUCAAUUCCAUCAAUGCUGUCGAGAAAGAUCUAUUGUCCUGCAACCCCAACUGGAUGCUUCUUCUUCACCAAUUCUUGGAGAUCUCCAUGGUCCGACUGAGAAAAGUGAAAGAACAUAUGAGAAAAGAAAAAUACAAAUUUCUUUUACUAUAUGAUUAUGCUAACACUCUAUGCAUCUUGGUCAACGAAGGUUGUUGGCCUAAAAAAUCUUUCACAAGGAUGUUCGUCCCAAAUUUUCUCAACGAUCCAGCUUUCAUCAACCAAGGCUUAGAGAGUAGCUCCAACCGGGAAACUGAUAUUGUGGGUUCGUUGGAUUCAUCUCAGAUUAACAAUAUCAGUGAAAAACGUUCUCUCAGUUGUGAGUCCGGCAGAAGUAGUUCAAGCUUGAUGUUACAGCAGGCCGAUUCCAUCACCAACGAAAAUGGAGUUCCUUCCAAAAAGAUGGCAAUAGAUACAACUGUCUGGAAUGGAGGUCAGAUGAGAUUCUCACCUAUCAGUCCUGCAUCCAUCUCUCCGCCGACGUUGAAAAGGAAGAGUGUGUCUCAGAAGAGUUCCGAAUCAUCAGAGUUCUCGUGGAAUGUCCCGUCUAACUAUUCUGGCUUGAUACCGGAAACAGCUAGUAGUGAUAUUCGAUUGUCAACCGGGACUAGUCAAAAUAUUACAUUGCCUUUGGAGCAGUCAGAUCAAAUGAAGAACUCUCUAGAAAGUCUACCGUAUAGUUCUGCUUUCAAAAGUUGUGGAAAUCCCAUUCAGCAAUGUAAUGGAGACUCGAGCAUUCCACAUCCGAUUGCAAUGUAUCCAAAUCAAGCCAAUGGAAUCGGCAGAACGUUUGCCAUCCAACCAUCAACUAUUCCAUGUUGGACAAACCAUCCCUCGUUAGAGAAUAUGAUUCUCAGCCAGCCUCUAGCACCAUCUCUCAACUUUGCUCAACAAAAUUUCCAAGCCAUGGGCAAUGAGAAGCUGUCAACGUUCGUUCCAAACCCAAAGCCUCCUCCGGAAUACGCCAACACCGUAAUGAGCCAUCCAGUGCCUGUUCUUCAAUUAGUAUUGAAUCCUCCACCACCAACUCAAGGAGGUGCACAACAUGUUCACCUACCAUCUCAACCUCCCAGUUAUUAUUUCAAUUUUGAUCCCUCAACAUAUCCGGGUAUUUUGCAUCCACGCUAG